AUGUUUUCGCAGAAACAGGUUGACCAAUUCAACAAAGAUGGCUUUCUUGUCGUACCUAACUUCUUGUCACAGUCAAAAUCCCAACAUUUGUUGCAAAAAUCGCAUGAGUAUCUCCAGCAGUUAGAUCUUUCUAACCAUCCGCUAACUCGAUUCAUAACGAGCGAUAAAAGUCAUCUGGGAGACGACUAUUUCCUCAACUCGGCAGACAACAUAUCCUUCUUUUUCGAACCGGAUGCCUUCGAUGAAUUUGAUGGGAUUCAAAAACUUGUAAAGCCAAAAGAGAGGGCCAUCAAUAAGUUUGGGCAUGGCCUUCAUUUGUGUGAUUCGGGAUUUGCUGCAGUGACUAGCGAAAACCCGGAUGUGUCAGAAAUUGCAAAGGGUCUUGGGUUCAAGAAACCCAGAGCUUUGCAAUCGAUGGUCUUAUGCAAACAGCCUGAAAUAGGUGGGGCGGUGCCCUCCCAUCAAGACAGCGUUUUUUUGUAUACUGACCCCACAAGUGCAGUAGGUUUUUGGAUUCCCUUAGAAGAUGCAACGCACGAAAAUGGAUGCCUCAGUUUUGCUCCCGGCUCGCAUCUUGACCACCCUAUCACCAAACGAUUUGUGCGUAAAUUCAACAAAGACACCGGUGAUCAACUUGAGGGCACCGAGUUCAUUAGUUUGGACAACGGAGACUCGAUGGAAAUGGGGAUUCCGGACGAUGACAACCUAAAAUGGGUGAGCGUGGAAUGUAAGGCGGGCGAUCUCGUUUUAAUUCACGGCUCCGUGCUGCACAAAAGCGAGACCAACACUUCGAAGAAAUCGCGUUUUGCAUAUGCUUUCCAUUUGAUUGAGGACACCGCUGUAUACGAUGAGUUGAAUUGGCUUCAAUCGAAUGUCAAGUCGAUAUUGUACUGA